CUGGAGCUGGUCUCCAACACUGACUGGGAUUUGCUUUUUGGCUUGGAACGACCCUGCAGGCCGGGGUGCAGUGGCCUUCAAUUGGGAUUUGUACGCACUGAGCACGUAUUUUUAUAUUUCGAUAACCUCCUUACCUGCUGCUGGCAGCGCAGGUUGAACCAGGGCAGGACCUGAAAGAGAUACAAACCAGAGGAACCGGAUUCACUCUGUGGGCUCAGGUCAUCCCACUGACCAACUGAGAGGCCAUGUACCAGCCAGCUGUUUCCAAGCAAGCAGACAUCACCAUUCCCAGCAGGGUCAUGGAAGAGUCGGAGGUCUGUUCUCUGCCUGGGGGACUUGCCAGUGUGAGGAAACAAUUUGAGACCCAGGAAACUGCAACAUCACACAAUGUAACCCAGUUCCAUUUUCAUCACAGAACUGUGCAGGAAAUGUCCAACUCUGAGGUGACAAUGUCAAGCAGCAGCAGGCAUGUCGUCCAAGGCAGCCAGCAGCUAAAUUUCAACCAAGGAGCCAUGGUGUCUUACAACGACACUAACUUGGCAUCCAGUUUUGAAAACCAUCAAGAUGAAACAGAAGAAGAGUUUCCCAGGUACACAACUAAAGAACUGAGGGAGCACUUUGAGAAAUCAAUUGAAGAGGCUGCGUCACAAAAACAAAUUAAGAUUGGACGUGAUAUCAAUCGAUCUAAGUGGUCCUCAAAUGUGAUUCAAAACAACACCAUGACUAGUGAAGUGUAUGGAGCAUCUGCUGCUGAAGCAGCAGAAGACACAUCAGCUGAAGUGAUGGACUAUGAGGACUUUCCGCCCCCACCUGCUGAGGAUUCUGACUAUCUUCCACCCCCACCUCCAGACUUUUUAGAAAUGCCAUCAGACAAUGAUGAUAUUCCAGCGUGCAACUACUCACCUGAGCCUCAAGAACCAGCAAACCUUUCCAAAUACCCAGUCAACAAAGAGGCUUAUUACAAGCAGAGGAGUAAUUAUGAGCUGAAACGUCUUUACAAACACAUUCAUCCUGAGGUUCGUAAGAAUAUAGAGAUGGAAUUUAACAGCGAUUACAAUGAAACUGAGUACAAACGGUCAGAGAACCAAGAGUACAUGUACGAAGAUGAAGAUGGUAGUCCCGAUGACAUCUACGAUGAAGAAUACACCGACUGGGAAGAGAUUCUCCCCGGGGAGGUACAGGCGAUGCGAUGGAAGUUUGAAAAUAGGCCACUUGACACAAUUAAAGAUGAAAUUCCUGAUGAGGUCGAGGACAUCAACAAAAUAACUGAACAGGAAAUGAUUCUUGGAAAAGAUGUGAGACAUACAGCUUGGAUGUUUGAAACAAAGCCGAUGGAUGAACUAAGUAUACCCAAUAUAAACUCUGGCGAACAUAAAAACAAAUUCAAUAAAUGUGAAAAAGGAGAUGUCCGUGCUGCAGCAUGGUUGUUUGAAACCCAGAAAAUGGACACUCUAAAUAAAAUGCAUAAAGAGGAGGAUUUAACGAAAGAGGUUGUAUUUACAGAGGAGGAUGGAAACGCUACCAUUUACAUGAUUGACAAUAAGCACAUGGAAAGCCUUGGCCAUACUGAGACCAUUGACGAGAGCCACCUGUUGAGUCUGAGGUCAGUCUUGGAGGAAAUUCAUGAAGAAGUGAAAACAAUCACUAGCACUUUUGACACUCAGUUCAAAUGCAUCAUUAUGGGACAAUCAAGCCAAAUGCUGGAGAUCAAGUCUGUGCGUAAAAUCGAAAGUGAAUUGGAGAACUCAAUUGCCUCACGUUGGCUUUUUGAUACCCAACCGCUGGACAUGACAAAUGGAGAAUAUACAUCUUUGAAACUUGUGUGUAGUCUUUCCAUGGAGGACAGUAAUAAGGGAGACUGGGGCAGGUGGUUGUUUGAGAUAAAGACAUUAGAUUCACUCAAUGAUUGGGAAAGCUCAAAAAUAGAAAAUAAAGAGGUAACUGGAGCGGAUGUGCGCAAACACUGCUUAGUGUUUGAAACCCAGCCAAUGGAUUCUCUGAAAGAUGACUCCAACGCAAGACCACAAUCUAUUGAAGACAUUAUCGGGGGAAAUGUUAAAUCUGCAAGGCACUUUUUUGAAAGCCCUAGAGCAGAGAGGAAAGCUCUCGCUGAGGUAGGAAGACUUCAAAAGACAAGAGUAAAUGAAGAACUUAAAGGGGAUGUGAGACACCAAAAGUGGCGCUUUGAGAGUCAACCUCUUGAGCACAUAAGAGAGGGGAAGAAAGAGGUUACUCGCACAGUAAAUGUUAAAGAUGAACUCACACAGGAGGAUGGUACAAACUGCAGGGCAGAUGUCCGCAAGAACUGCUGGGUAUUUGAGACCCAGCCAAUGGAUACUUUAAAAGACGACUCUAAUAGUCAGCCCCUGACAAAAGAGGACAUUAUUGCAGGAAACGUGAGAUCAGCUAGAAAUUAUUUUGAAACAAAUCCAGCUGAGGAGUUGAAGGAGCUUGCAGAGGUGGGCAAACUACAAAAGACAGUGGCACAAAUGGAAGAGAGGGGUGAUGUCAGACAUCAGAAAUGGCGAUUUGAAAGCCAACCUCUUGAGCAGAUCAGACAGGAAAAGAAGGAUGUCACCCGAACAAUUGACCUGGAAGAAAUUGACAGAGUUGACGUAUCAAACUACAAACAAAUCUUUGAGAGCACAGAUUUAACCUGGAGUGAUAUGUCUCAAAAGAUUCUUAUCGAAGGUGUAACAUCUGGUUCUGUGAAAUCAAAUAAGAACCUGUUUGAGUCCAAUUCGCUGUAUGCCAUGCAAGACAGCACAGGGCACUUCCACGAGGUGAAAACAGUACGACGUGAAGAGGUUGUUAAAGGAGAUGUAACAACGUGCAAGUGGAUGUUUGAGACCAGACCAAUUGACCAGUUUAGUGAAAGCAUUGAAAAAUACCAAGUUAUAAAGGGCAUAUCCAAACAAGAAAUAGAGACUGGCGAUGUGAAAACGGCAAAGUGGUUGUUUGAAACACAGCCUCUCGAUGCUAUUAAGUAUUUCAGCAAUGUUGAAGAUGAAGAAGUGGUGGAGACAAGUAGGAAUCUUGAUGUCAUGAAGGGUGAUGUGAAAACCUGCAAGUGGUUAUUUGAGACAAAACCAAUGGACAUCCUGUAUGAAAAAGCGGAGUUAAAGGGUGAAUAUGAAUCUGAACAAAUGCAAAAAGGUGAUGUCAAAACAUGCACGUGGCUUUUUGAGACACAAGCACUUGAUUCUAUCCAUGAUGAAACACAAACCAUUUUGAAAACAUGCACUGUCAAUCAAGAGGACAUUACAGGAAAGGAUGUAAGAACUGCUUGUUUCCUCUUCGAGACAGAGAAACUGGAUAACCUCACUGGGGAAGAGACAGGAUCUUUUAAACGUGUUACAGAGAUAGACAUUGCAUCUGGAGAUGUGUCUGGGAUGAAGUACAUUUUUGAAAACCAAACAUCAGAUAUCAUGACUUCUACAUCUGAAGAAGAAUUGCAAAAACUCAAGAGAGUUCAGACUGAAGACAUUCAAAAAGGAAACGUGGUGAACUGCAAAUGGCUCUUUGAAAACCAGUCAAUAGAUACAAUACAUGAUAGCCAAGAGGAAUUUAUGAGCAGUCGCACAGUUAAUGAUGUACAAGGUGGUGAUGUAGAUAAGGGUCGUUUUGUUUUUGAGACUUACUCCUUAGAUGAAAUUCAGGAGACAGACACAGAGCUGACGAAAAUGCGAAAAAUUGUCCGUGAUAAAGAUGAAAAGGGCGAUGUGCGAAAUUACACAAUGAUGUUCGAAAAUCAGCCCCUUUAUGCCAUUCAGGACAAAGAGGGACUUUACCACGAGGUCACGACUGUCACAAGUGAGGAGGUAAUGCGAGGAGAUGUCGUCGGAACCCGCUGGAAGUUUGAAACCAAGCCCCUUGAUGCUAUCAAAGACACAGAUGCGGUUUAUCUCAUUAAAUCUGUCACACAUCAGGAUGUGCAAAAAGGUGAUGUCACUUCUGCAAAGUGGAAAUUUGAGACACAACCUCUUGACAUGAUUGCUGAAGAAAAAAAGGCUUUUAUCAAGACCGUGGAGGAUAUUCAGGGAGGCAAUGUUAGGAUGAACAAAGAUCGUUUUGAGUCCGAUGCACUGACCCAGGAAUCUGUAAGAACAGUUAAUGUGAGUGAAAUUAAUAAAGGUGACGUCAGUUCUGCGAAAUGGAGAUUUGAAACACAGUCAAUAGAUAAAAUAAGAAGCGUGAGCUCUGAAAAUCUGAUUGAAACUGUUAAAAAAGAGGAGUUUGAAAAGGGAGAUGUAAAAAGUUCAGUCUGGCUUUUUGAGAAAAAUCCUCUUGACCACAUUAAAGAGGUAGAUGAGAACGAAGCUACAACCACUGUAUCACAAGAGGAGAUUUCCAAAGCGGAUGUAAAGACAACAACAUGGCUUUUUGAAACAACACCAUUUGAUGACUUCAAUGAGACAAAAAUGGAGAAGAGUGAAAUCCUGGGCAAGAGUGUCAAGGGAACUCUUGAGGAACUUUAUAGUCAGAAAAUGGUGAGGUCGAAGGGAGUACUUAUUGAAGCUGAUGAAAUAGGUGACGUUAGGAUGGCAAAAUACCAUCUAAUGAAUAAGCAGGCCCCUGAAAUUCAACGAGAGGAUAUAAUCAGGGGAGAUCUGCAGACUAUUAUGAUGAACUUGCUGAACAAACAAGAAAGACAGGAGCAGCAGAUAACCAUAGAUUCAGAAGAGAAGGGUAAUAUCAGUUCUACAGUGCAUCAACUAUUCAACCAAGAGAGAGACAGCAGAAUUGAAAGAGAGGAGAUAUUACGAGGUGACAUCCGGGAAGCCAUAAAAAACCUUUUUGAUGAGAACGGUACAGCAAAACAUGGAAUACUCAUCCAGGAGGACGAGAAAGGAGAUGUGCAGAUGACAUUAUACUCCCUUCUUAACAAACAAGAAAAUGUUAAUGUUGAAAAAGAGGACAUUGUAAGAGGGGAUAUAAAGAGUGCCCUUCAAAACCUGUCCAGCUCAGACAAGACAGAUCAGGCAGUGAAGAUAAAGGUAGAUGAAGCUGAAAAGGGAAAUGUCAACUUUUUCUCCACAUGCAUUGAAUCUGGGGCUCUUGACUAUCUUAAACAGCUCCACUUUGAAGCUGAUGAGACUCUGUCUGACGGAGCACAAAAAGAGGAGAUCCUUGGAGGUGACAUAAAAGGUACUAAACUCAUCCUCGGCCGUAAUCAAAUGCAAAUUGAACGUACGGUAGAGGAUGUUGUACCUGGUGAUGUUCACAACACAGUAAAAGUUUUUAUGUCAGAGCCAACCCUAUCAUUGGAGAAAGUCCAAAGGGAGGAGAUAGUCAAAGGAGAUUUAAGAGCUGCUUUGAAUUCAUUGUCUCAAUCGGCUAAUCAGACAGUUGUUGUAGAAAAAGAGGAGGUGGUGAAAGGCAACAUACCUAAAACCAUGCAAUGCCUGAAGAAGGCUCAAACAAGGAACAAGGAGGUAGAGAAGCCAGAUAUCAUACCAGGAAAUAUCAGAGGGGCUUUAAGAUCUCUUGAGAAAUCAUCGACAACAAGAGUUGAAGCUGUUGUUGAGGAUUUAGUUCCUGGAGAUGUGAGGGCCACACUGAAAUCUCUAGAGUUGGCAAAUAAAGCUGUGAAGGAAGUUGAAAAGGAAGAAAUAGUGAGGGGCGAUAUUCGCACAACAAUGCAAAGUCUGCAUAAUGCCUCCAGUGAGAAAAAGAUGUGUCAACAAGGAAUAGAUGUUCAGGGAGACGUCAGAGGAACAAUCCAGCUCUUAUUGGAGCCAAGAAUGGAAAGGAGCCCAAGCCUUGAGCGUGACUUAAAGGGUGAUGUGAAGAUGUCCAUUAAGUCAUUAUAUGAGACGCAGGAGCAAUCCCAGUUUGAGAAAGAAGAAGUGAUAAAGGGUGAUGUUAAAGGCACUAUUAGGUCUCUGAUGGAAUCAGCACAGCGAGAAUCUCCCAAAGUCAGACUUGGAUCAUAUAGGAGAGUUCGAGUAAAACAGAGCCCUCCAGUUAAAAAUCUAAAUGCUGAAGCACAGAGGAACAUACAAAAGAUCAAAACCGCUAAUUCAGUUGAGACAUCAAUGGAAAAUCAAUCCAUCUCUCAUGAAACUCAAAUCGUAAAAACAACGUCAACAACAGUGGAGCAGUCUGCUCAGCAAUCCUCUACUGUGGUGGAGCAUAAAACUAUCACCCAAAACCACGGCAUAAAAACAUUAAAGACAGAGUUCCGUAAUCUAAAGUCGAAGGGAAAAGGAAUGAAAAAACAAGAAAAAACCAAUGUUAAGACUGCAGAUUACACCCUAAAGGCAGAAUUGCCAGAGCCUGAUCUGUCUCUCCCACCUCCACCUCCACCAGUGGCAGACACAGACCUUCCUCCCCCUCCUCCCCCCUCAGUGGAUUCUGACAUUGAUCACCUUCCUCCUCCACCACCACCAGUCACCAGUGAGUAUGACUUUCUCCCACCACCUCCAUCUCAACAAGAACUGGAGAGCAUCCCAGCACAGGAAAUGUAUCCUUCACCAGCAAAAGCAAAAAAGAUGACGGUCAAAAAAGUGAAAGCUCCUGUUUUACACCAAGUCCAGAAGGUGGAAUCAAAAGUGGAAUUCAGUAAAACGAAACAGGUAGAGAAAAUUACAUCUGAAACAACAACACAAACUUCAAAAACAAGUUCAUGUGAAAUCCCUUCAUUGCCUGAGUCACCACAACCACUGAAGAAGGUUUACAUAUCUCCUGUGAAAUUCACCCCUCCACCCUCCCCCCCACCUUCCAUGAAAGGGAAAAUUAGUAAAUUUCACACUCCAUUAAUAAAAGCAGAAGGAAAGUACCGUAAGACGGUGGAUGAAAACACCCCUCCAACCACUCCAACACCUACUUACAUACAUGACUCAGUUACUGCUGCUCUUGAAAUGCUUUCCUCAAGCGAUAAGGAACAGUCAAAUAAAAAUACAUCAGAGGUCACACAGGAGAAAGCUGAAAGUGUUGCAUUGAGUGUUCAUUCAGGACAAUCAUGUGGUGUGCCCAAGCACAUCGUAGACAAAAAUACCACCCAGUGCAAUGUCAGUGCUAGCCAUGAGAAAAUGAUCUCAGAUUCAACAGUUGUAUCCUCUGCCACACAGAAAAUGGUCUCUAAUGAGUCGUCUAAUGUUGUUUCUGUUCAAAAGACCUCAUCUGUCUCAGCUGUUAGACAACAGAUGCGUACUACUACACAGAAAACUGUUUCCUCCACACAGUCUAUUCAAUCUGUCAUGGCUGGCACAGUCCAGGCCUCGGUCACUAAUUUUGCAACAACUGAAAACAUGGUGGCUGAUAGAAGGAACGAUUCUAAAAAUCUGAAAACAAAAAGCUCCAAAAGUUCAGAAGAUCAAAAUGAAGAUGUAUUGCAUUCUGACAAAAUUGGAACAAAGGAGAACGAAAAUCUAAGCAAAUCCCUAUCUGAGAAAAAAGUCAAAAUUGAAAAGGAAUCUAAAUCGCCACCAAGGGACAACAAGAAGAAAUCUGAUCAUUCUCCUAUCAUGAGCCAAGACAAUGUUUCUGAUGAACCAAAGCAAACAGAAAAGGCAGCUCCCAAUACAAAUGGAAAAGCAGGAAAAGCAAACCAAAAGGUUAAAAAGAACAAGCAAGAAAAGCAAGUAGAGACAAGAAAGUCCAGUGAGAGUGAGAAAAGGAGUGUUUCACAAGAUGUCAAGGUAGAAUUGAAGAAAGCUACUGAGGUGAAAGUGAUCAGUGAACCUAAGGAAGUAAAGAUAGAGUUAAAGCAAGCAACUAAGAAAGGUACUUCCCCUCCUGCUGCUGCCUCGAUGCCAGCAGCUUCCUCCAUGCCUGCUGUUACUGUAAGCUUAACAGACAGCAAACCAGAAACUCCAACUCCAGCUAAAAAGAAGAAGAAGUCCAAAAAGUCUAAAAGCAGUGCACAGACAAAUCAAGGUAAAGAGAUUUCCACCGAAACAAAUGCAGCUAUUGUAGAAACCAGCACUGUGAAAUCCCACCAAACUCAGGAAACGGUUUCAGUUUCCCAAACUCAUAACAUUGUAAAAGAAGAGCAGAUUCAAAUCAAGAGACAAGUCAUUAGUGCAGAAAGUAAAGACAUUCAGAAUUCCAAGCAACAGAAAGCAGUUCAAAAGCAAGUGAAGGGAUCUCAAAAGAAGAAAGAAGUGAUAGUUAUUCAGCAGAGCACAGUGGAAGAAGAAAGUAGGGAUCUCCCAAUUACUGUGACAGGCGAGCAAAAGGAACUGGUGAAGUCUGAAGCAGGGAAAACUGAGGAAUCCCAGAGGCUGGAGGUCCAAGCAUUAAUCUCUCUCAUCACAGAGAUACAAAGAGUUUCAAAAAUGACUGAUUCUGAAUCUGUGAAGAUUCUGCUCAAUACAGUUCCAGAUUGGCUCAUGAGUUGGGAAGCAAAGCUUGAAUUGGAGGGAUCUGUGGUGGAAGGUGAUGUGCAACAAAGCAAAGAAACUCUUUCACAUCUGAGGAAAUUAGCAGAGGCCAAACUUAUGCAGCUAGAAGACAAUGAGACAAUGGAGAAACAUGAGUGUGAGCCAGUUUCUGAGAAAUCAGUUUCUGGUGGGGCAACAACAAGAAUAUCCAAGAUCAGUAUUGGUUCUGCCAAAAUUGAGAAACAAACAAAGAAGAAAAAGUCCACUGAAAGACGGAAAGAGGAAACAAGUCAGUGUAAGUCUGUUGACCUUCGGGCUCCCUCGCCAUUACUCAGGAUGCGCUCUCCCUCACCAACGUUUAUCACCAUCGAAUCCACACGAAGAACUGACUCACCCCUGAGAGUCAGUCCAUCCCCUAACAUGCUGCAUAGGCCACCCACACCUCCCACACCUCCGCCACGUAGGUCUGACACGCCGACAUCACGCCUUACAAGAAUCACACCAUCUCCGACUUUUGACAGAGCAGAACAUUUGGCACGACUCAAAGACACAACAGCCAAACUGUCACGUGGGGUUACCCCACCUCCGCUACUUCCCCAACAAAUCUCAGAAAUGAAGUCUGAAAUUGUGGAAUCCCCUGCCUCGUUUCAUCGACAAAUCAAAAUUGAUUCACAACUUGUGGAGGCUUCACGAUUGUCAAAUGCAACAGAAAUUUCUAAAAAGAGUUUAUCUGGUGAGGCUCAGCAGACUGAUGUAUAUUCUACAUAUGUAGAAUAUGAAGCUAAUAUUUCAGAGGGUUCAAAUGCGAAGAAAAUAGAAAGAAAGUCUGAGUCCCACAUGGCGUUGUGUCAAAAUGACCCAAUUCUUAUUGAUGCUUCGGAUAUGUCAGAGUUGUCUGUAUCUGUCAAAGACAAGAAAGAGUUUUUUGAAGAAGCUCAAAAGGCUGAAAUUAAUAAGACCUAUACGCGAAAGGAGCCCAUUGCCAUCCCUGAAAGACUGGGCCCAGACAUGGAAGACUGUGAGGCAGAAAAUAAAAAUAAAGAAAAAAAUGAGCUUGUCAGGGCAGACUUGUACGGUCUUGUAAACACAUACAACACACCAGAAGAUAAAUUAUUUCUCAGAAAAGAGCUUAUCCCACUCACAGAGUGGCUUCACAAUGAAACUGAAAGCACAGAUUGUGACAAAGAGAGAGUAGACAUUCUGGAACAGGAAAUGCCAACUUUUGACAUCCAGACUAUCAAAAAUGUUUUUGAACUGGGUGAGAAAAGUUCCUCAUUCAGAGAGGAGAAAAAGGAUCAGGAGGAGACUUUGUCAAGCCUGAUUGAAACAACAGCAGACACUUCAAAGCGGGAAGUUCCUCUAGAGACAAAGAGAGGCUCACGGCAGAGCACCCCCCUCCCUUCUCAGAAAACUGGGAUAGAAACUGUGCCAGCAAAACCAUCAGGCUUCUCUGAAACCAAAUCCAUCACAGAACAUUUCUCAAAUGUUGAUGAGCUGGGUAACAAGGUCACCGGAACAAGGACAACUGUCACUGAGCAGUCUGAGAGUGUGUCAACCCAACAAGCUGCUUUUUCCUACGCUGAUGCAGUUAAAAAAAAAGCUGCAGCAGCGAAGCUAGCAGAAACCUUCAGUGACGAUGCUACUGACAAUUUGUUGAGUAAUUUCCACAAAACAUGGACGGAGAGUGAAUCUGUUUUCAAGAGUCUUGGCUAUACUAUUUCUGAGGAGACAACAUCCCAAGUUGUAUCACAUCAUUCGAAAAACGUCUCAUCUGGUUCAAGUUCCGAAGUCAGAGCUCUGCACAGUAUGUCGGAGGAGAGCUUAUCCGAUGGAUGCUCUGAUAGUGGACAAAAAAAAGUACCAUAAAUCAUGUUUCUGCUGUGAGCACUGCCGAAAUAAAUUAAGCUUAGGGAACUAUGUCCCUCUCCAUGGACACUACUACUGUCUACACCACUACAAACAGCUCCUCAAAUCCAAAGGGAACUACGAUAAUGGACUCGGGCAGAAACCUCCCACAGGAAGUAGUGGACCUAUCCCCUCAGAUGAGAAUCUCGAAUGGAGAUAUUCUGUGAGCAGUGUAACUUCAAUAGACAAAACACUGAGCGGUGAAAACACAAUCACAAAAUUGUACGAUGAAGC